CUUCCCAACACAUCGGUAUCAUCUCUCUUUCAUAUACAGUUGCUCCUAAGUUAUCCAUAAGUUAACACUGAAGAGAAACAGCUAAUUAUACACUAAUCAUGGGCUUAAUCGCCCGUCUCGCGUUAACUUUCCUGUUCUUAUCUGCCCUCGUCGCGGAUUUCGCUUUAGGAGAUCCACAGGUUGACGACGACAAACACUUCCUUCAUCACCCUCGUCCCUUCUUCCACAAACCUGGCAUCUACAAGAAGGGUUUUAGGAAGGGUCUCGGCGGCGGCGGCGGUUUAGGCGGCGGAGGUGGUCUUGGUGGAGGCGGAGGACUCGGCGGAGGCGGGGGACUCGGAGGAGGAGGAGGUCUCGGAGGAGGCGGGGGACUAGGUGGGGGAGGAGGACUCGGAGGAGGCGGAGGGCUUGGCGGCGGCGGAGGACUCGGUGGUGGUGGGGGUGCAGGAGGCGGUUUCGGAGGAGGAGCUGGCGGCGGAGGUGGACUUGGCGGCGGAGCCGGAGGAGGUUUCGGCGGCGGUGGAGGUGCCGGUGGAGGGGUUGGCGGCGGAGCAGGCGGUGGGUUUGGCGGAGGCGCUGGUGGAGGUCUUGGAGGAGGCGGCGGUGUUGGUGGAGGAGGAGGGUUCGGCGGCGGUGCCGGUGGAGGGGUUGGCGGCGGAGCAGGCGGUGGGUUUGGCGGAGGCGCUGGUGGAGGUCUUGGAGGAGGCGGCGGUGUUGGUGGAGGAGGAGGGUUCGGCGGCGGUGGAGGAGUUGGUGGAGGAGCUGGAUUCGGCGGCGGUGGAGGGUUUGGAGGCGGCGGCGGUUUCGGCGGCGGACACCACUGAGCUGUUUGCUAAGACCCAAAGCCAUGCACGUUGCCAUAAUUAAAAUAGAAGACAAAAAAAAAAAAAGCCAUGCAUCGUAAGAUUAAAGAUUUAUUUGGUGGAAACACCGAUUUGAUUAAGAGAAAAUCGCUAAUAAUAAAAAUAGAGGUGAAAUGUAUGUCGUUUCUUUAUAAUCCAAGUCGCAUUGUACGCUGUUUCGUUUAUAGGUGACUGAACUGUGUGUCAGUCUCUCUGUUUGGAGCUUUUUCUAAGUGGUCGUGCGUGGUAUAUUUAAUGUAUGGUUGUUUAUCAUUAUUUUCAACCUCUUUACAUCCAUUGUAAUGGGUUUACUCUUA